CUUGGCCCAGCAUCCCCCCACCCGCUAAUCCGACAAGAGAGAGCGGGUUCCUUCCGUCCGCAGCUCGGGUCCGCGCCCCAGUCCUGGGGGUGGCGCUGAGCUCGCCGAGGGAGGGUCGACUGGUGGGCGGCGCCUCUCCGGGCUGGAGGCCGCUCCUGGCCGGCGCCGCCCUCUGUCUCUCGCCAUCCCUCCCUCCUGCACGCCGGCGCUCCGAGCCAGAGCUUCCUGCGUCCCCAUCCCGGUCCCAGAGCGGGCGGUGAGCCUUCUCCGCCGCCGCCUCCUUCGACCGAGACCCCCACCCCGAACCUCCGGCCCUGGGAUCACAGCGCCCCGAAGGAGGCAGCCCGGGGUGGGGGGGUGGGGUACCGGGUCGUGGAGUCCCCGGUCCCCGGCCGCCCGACCGUGACGGAGCUGGACCCGCAGCCGCCCGGACCUCUCAGCUGCAGCUGUCCACACAGGAUGCCUCAAAUUUGCUGGAAACCGUCCCUCGGGAGGUCAGCCGCUGUUUCUUUAGGGCGGCACUAGGGAUUUCGUUCCGUGCAUUGAAGGGGUUUUUGUUGUUCCUGCUGCUGCUGCUGCUGCUCCCAUUUGUUUAUUUUCUUUCUCUGCACGGGUCCUCGCCCCGCUCCCACUGGCAUGAUGGCCCAGUCGAAGGCCAACGGCUCCCACUAUGCACUGACCGCCAUCGGCCUGGGGAUGCUGGUUCUUGGGGUCAUCAUGGCCAUGUGGAACCUGGUGCCCGGGUUCAGCGCCCACGAAAAGCCGACCGCUCAGGGGAACAACAAGACGGAGAUAGGCAGCGGCAUUCUCAAGAGCAAGACCUUCUCGGUGGCCUACGUGCUGGUCGGGGCUGGGGUGAUGCUUUUGCUGCUCUCCAUCUGCCUGAGCAUCCGGGACAAGAGGAAGCAGCGGCAAGGCGAGGAGAUGGCCCACAUCCAGCACCAGCAGGGGGUCGAGCAGCAUGCCCCGGAGGAAGACAGCCAGGAGGAGGAGGAGGAGGCCUCCUCCAGGUACCAUGUCCCCAGUUACGAGGAAGUGAUGAACACCAACUACUCGGAAGCGAGGGAAGUGGACCAGAACCCCAGGAUGAGCAUCUCUCUCCCCUCCUAUGAGUCCUUGACUGGGCCUGAUGAAACGAGCCCCACGGCUGCCAGGGCCAACGCGGAGACCAGCCCGGGGCAUCCGCCCGACAGGCAGAACUCCAAGUUGGCCAAACGCCUAAAGCCACUGAAGGUUCGGAGGAUUAAAUCCGAAAAGCUUCACCUUAAAGACUUCAGGAUCAACCUGCCGGACAAGAACGUCCCUCCUCCCUCCAUCGAGCCUCUGACUCCGCCACCACAGUACGACGAAGUCCAGGAGAAGGCUUCGGAUGCCAGGCCACCUGACUGAUGGCACCAUUCAGGUGUGUCCCUCUGGUCGCUCACCCUCCACACCACGGACCCCCAGUGAAGCCACUUCAGCUGCAGUGGAGAAGCGGAGGGGCCAAACGUACACAGACUGAUGUGGGUGGGGGCAGGGGGUGCGGGGAGGGGUGGGGGGAUCCGGUUACUAGGGACUGACGGAUAUCCAUGGGACCUUACAUGGCAGGUGCACUGGGAGGAGCUUCUGCCUCAGAUCUGGGAUGUGGACCCUGUCGGGGGCACAGGGUACGCACCUUCCCUGUCGUUUCUCCGCAACUCUGAGUUGUUGGCGACAACACAUCUCUUUCCAAUCCGGAAAGGAUGCCAGCAGCUGGUUUAGGUUGUGAUUUUGUUUUGCUUCCACUAGGACUGUUUUGUUUCAAAAAGAAAACAAGAUAGGCCUUCGCUUUCUUCACCGGAGUCCUGCCUGAGCUGUGGGCAGGAGAUGUGACUCAGCUUUCUAGAAAGGACGUGGGGCUCUCCCGUGAAUGAAGCGAAACAAGAGGCUGAUCGAUGGUGUGGGGGUGAGGCCCCGUGACGCUGUUCAGAACCCCUGAAGCAUAGAGACUCCAAUCUUAGGCAUUACCGGGCCUCGGGCCCUCCACGAACCAACUGCUUCAGGGGCGAAAAAGGAGAGCUGUAUGAGAUAUUUUAUCCCUUCUAAAAUGCCGUGCAAGUGAGCUUUUUAUAAUAAAAUAUUUUAUAU